AUGGAUCCUUCGAUCUUCCCUGAAGAAAUUUGGAUAAAAAUUUUAUUAUAUUGUGAUGUACCUGAUAUUAUUGCUUUCGGUAGUACGUGCAAAUACUUAAGAAAAACUUCAGAUACCGAUUACCUGUGGAAAAUGAAGUGGCUACAAUUAAUUUCAAAAGUGCACUUUAGAUUUCCAGAUAUAAAGUGUCUGCAACUACUUAGCAUCAGUUUUAAAGCAAUGUGUUAUAGAUUACACAUGGUAAUUACAUUGGGAGAAAAUAUUCAUUUUCCAAAAUGUCGCCACUGUAGUGGUUACACAUGUCAAAGAAAUUGUGUUGAAGGUUCUAGUGCAAAAGUAGUAAUUGAAAUUGGAAAUAAAUACACAUGGGUUAUUACGCCACAUUUUGAAUUAAGAAGACAUUUUUCAAUGUUUGGUGUACCUAAAUAUAAUAAUGAAACAUAUUUGGAACAAACACAAAAUGUUCCAAGCAGUAGUACACGUCCAAAAUGUGAUGGCAUGUCAUUAGCUAAAAAGUUAAAAUUACUGAAAUUAUCUCAAUUAGCAACUGUUAAAAUUCCAAGACCUAGUGGACCAUUUUGUGUUUUUUGUAAUUCUGUAAAAUUAUAUAGAGAAAAAAAGAGAUUAAUUACUCAUCAAAAUGAUCCCACAUGUUAUGCAAGGCCAAAUCCAAUUUAUGAAAAACUUAUAAAUGGAUAUUGCACAGAUACUGUUGAAGUACUUGGUAUUCCAAAUGUUGAUCUGGUUAGUCCAGCAGAAGCAUUAUUAAGUGAUGGAACAUUUCCUGUUCUUAAAACAUUUGUUGGCCAUUUAUUCCAUCAGAUGAGCUUAACUUCAACAUUAAGAAAACCCAAUGCAGUGCUUAUGUUUUGUGAACCAUUAGCUAUGCAUCCAACUCUCAGAAAACAACUAUUGCAUUACUUAUUCCAAGAAGUUAAAGUAUCAAGAGUAUGUUUGGUUCCUAAACCUUUGGCAGCAUGUACAAUGCUGGAUGUAGAAACUUGUGUGGUUGUUGAUAGUGGUGCUCUAAGUACAACCGUAGCUGUUGUAAUUGGUGGACGUGUUAUACCACAGCGAUGGAGAUUGCUACCUGUUGGUGGUUGGCAUGUAGCUUAUCAUUUAAAGCAAGCAAUGCAUUGGUAUCUAAAAGAAUGUUAUCAUAUUCCUAUAUCAUAUUUGGACACAGUACCUGUUAAAGAAAGGUGUAGACUGAGUUACAAUAUUAAAAAUGAAGAAAAGAGAGUAGGACAAAAAACUAGAGAAUGUAUUAAAGUUAGAGUUCGAAGCUAUGCUGAUAAUAAGCAAUUCUUGAGAGUUUCUUUGGGUUCAGAAUUAUAUAUCGCUCCCGAAAUGAUGUAUAUCAAUCUUGGUUUACCACAAGUGAUAAAAGAUGUAACAUCUGGUUUAUCAGAAGAAAUAUUGCACGAUUGCCUUUCACACAUAUUACUUACUGGAGGCAACACACACCUAUCAGGAUUCGAAUUAAGAUUAACUAAAGAUUUACGAGAAUUAUUACCUGAACAUAGUAAAAUAUUGGAAGUAAGAAGUUGUCCUGGUACUCAUAGUUGGAAUGUUGCAAUGGGUUCUACAUAUGUGCCUUUAGCUGUGCAUCCUCAAGAGAAGAAUAUGUUUUAUUUGGAUGUGAAUCAUUGGAGC